AUGUCAGCCUCAGAAGCACCGGCUUCAUCCCUCCGCUAUGCUGAUGUAGCCGUCACUUUCACAGCGGACCAAUUCAAAGGUAUCUAUCGUGGGGGUAAGGCCUAUCACGAGCCUGACAUUGCGGAAGUCAUACAACGCGCAAAAGAAUAUGGCUGCGAAAAGAUCAUGCUAACAACAAUGUCUCUGCCCCUCGCGCAUGAGAAUUUGGCCCUAGUCCGCCAAUUCCCAGAGACAUGCACCAUGACACUUGGUGUACAUCCUUACCAUGCAAAAGAAAUCUAUGUCUCUGAAGCUUCAGGAGCCGGCGGCAGAACCACUGCCGAUGGCGCCAGGUACCUUCAGGAACUCCGGAAUUUCGCUAGAACUAUCCUCGCAGAGCAAGGCGUUGCAGGCGAGUCUCCGCUCGUUGCCUUUGGGGAGAUAGGUUUGGACUACGAAUAUAUUACACGUUCGGACAAGGCUACGCAGCAGCGCGCUUUUCGAGACCAGCUGGCUAUUGCGGUCGAGCUUCAACUGCCUUUAUUCCUGCACGUGCGGGAGUCCUGUGCCGAUUUCAUCUCAAUCAUUAAACCCUUUUUGGCGGAUCUCCCACGUCGAGGCCUCGUGCACUCCUUUGCUGGAACAAAGGAGGAAAUGAUUCAACUCACAGCUCUUGGGUUCGAUAUUAGCGUGAACGGUAUCUGUUUUCGUACUGAGGAGCAAUUGGAAAUGGUCCGGUCUAUUCCUCUGGAUAAGCUGCAGCUGGAAACUGAUGCGCCAUGGUGUGAAAUUCAGGAAGGAGAUGACAGGAUCAAGCAGUACCUGGAGGGUGCCAGGUCGCUUCCAGGGAGCAGAAAACACGGGAAGUUUCGGUUAGGCGAAAUGGUAAAAGGGAGGAAUGAAAGCUGUACGAUUGAAAGAGUCGCCAUGGUUGUUGCAGGGUUGAAGGGGAUCGAGGUUGCAGAGGUCGCGACGGCUGCUUGGGAAAACAGUGUUAGAAUGUUUGGGUUGGGUGUGAAGUCUUAG